UCACAUUUCUUGAGAUUGCCAUAAAUAAAACACGAAUUAUUCCAACACCAUAAAUAGUAUUGAUAAAAAAAUUAUAUUUCGCACAAUUAACGUCAAACGGGGUCAGGAACUUUGCCCGGUACGAUUUUACAGUAAAAUAUAAACACCGUGACAUUGCAAAUAUGCUUAUUUCUCAUUCAAACUCCCUCUACAAUGGUUCGGUUAACGGAAAAACAGAUACAAUUCUACAAAGACAAUGGGUACAUACAUUUGAAGAAGUUAAUCAAUGGGGAGGAGCUCGAGAGGGUGUCGAAGGAGUACGAUGACUUGUUCAGGAGGAAAAAUCAGUCGAAAACGGAGAGCGCGUGGGUCGGCAGCGAUGACACCUUCAGGGAAAGUGACAGCCCUUACACGGUGAAAGGCAUUCACAACUUGCAAAUGCAUCAUGCUGUCUUCGGCAAGUUGUUAUACAACGAUGACCUUUUAGAUGCGUUGGAAGAUGUAAUGGGUACCAAGAAUAUCGUGCUGCAUCACACCAAGGCGCACUACAAGCCCCCAGAGAAGGGAGCUUCUUAUCCAAUGCACCAGGACUAUCCCUAUUUUCCAUAUGAAAAAAAUUCAAUGGUGGCGGCAUUUAUAAGUUUGGACGAUUCCAAUCCGGAAAAUGGAGGGCUGUUUGUUUACCCCGGCUCACACAAGUUCGGUCCUUUGGAAGACUUUGGACCUAAGGAAGGGAGUAGCUUCCAUUAUGUUGAUCAGAAAAAGUUUCCAAUAGAACGUGCGACUCCCGUCAUCGCGGAAGCCGGAGAUGUUAUCAUCUUCUCCUAUUUCCUGAUCCACGGAAGUACGCCAAAUAACUCUACACGGCCAAGACGCAUGUUCCUUGCACAACUGGCAGAUGCCCACGACAAGCCCAUUGGCGGGGAACGCGGCCAGCCAGGCAGGGGUUGGCUGCUGCGUGGAGUUAAUCUAGAUAGAGACGCUACAGUUGCUAAACGAGCUCAGGACUAAUCGAUUUUAUAUAAUAUUGCAAAUUACUUAAAAUUUUUACUCAAAUAAACACUGCCGUGAUUUCCACAAGCAGUUUUUUUUAGACAGAGUAACGUCCCACGACAAUUACGUAAGCAAUUAAAAAAACACAUAAUUACGUAAGCUUUGACGAUUUAAACUGCUUACCUUUUUUUUAAUAUCCAAUUCCCUGAUGUUAAAUUGAUGUGAAAAUAUAUAACAAUUUAAAUCAGACAUUAAGAAUAUUUUAUUCUUGC